AGUCAAACCAAAACAGGAGGUUGAGCAAAAGAAAAAGGUAAAGACUUAGAUCUGUUAUUUAUGUUUCCAUUUUCUGUUUAUAACAUAUGUAUGAUUAUAUAUUAAUAUGAUUUUGUAGUACAACCUCCAUACCGUCUGCACAGAAUAAAGACACACAGAAGGUUAAAAAGCAUAACCACUGCCAUGCCAUGUUUUGCAAUGAUUUGUCUUCAAAAUGCUGACGCCAUGCUCUUAUGAGAAGCAUUCAACCAUAUCUAUGCAUUCAACCCCUGGACGUCCACCAUUUUGAAUAUUAUCAGGGGGGGAGAUGAAUGCCUCUCAUGAGCGCACUGGCUAGGACCAUGGUGUCAGCAUUUUGAUGACGAAUUACGGUUAUGCCCAAAUCAUAGGAAAAACCAAGAAGUUGAUCUUCUGUUUGUCUCUAUUCUGUGAUAUGGUAGUAUAUGACCCCCUCCCCCCCCCCCCUUGUUCUUUAUUAAAUAAAUCUCUAUUUACCCAAGACAGCUUUAUUUGACUAUCGAAGAACCAGAUAAAAGCGGUUAUUCAAAGAACGAGGCAGUCGUGUAGAAUGCAGCUGGCAGCUAAACACUUCCAUAUAGUUAGGGGAAGGGAGGUCAUAUAACACUACAAUACAUUACAUGCAUUCAUAUCCAAAGUCAAUUACAUUCCAUAGUAUAGACCAAAUUAAACUUGUGUUAUGCCUGGACUGCUAGACAGAUGACAGUAUCACACCACUAGACAGGAGAUGUUGCUGUAAACACACCUCCAAAUAGGUUAACCCUUUAAGUGGCAAUGCAUCCUGAGCAGGGCUCAAAUUUUAUCGCAGCAAUUGCCUUAGAGGGAGAACAAAAUGUCAUGGAUCAUUGCUGCAACAACGGCAAUUUUUUGCCGUAUAGUGCAAUUUUUAUACUAUAAUUCACUGUGCAUUACUACUUUGAUACCUGAAUUCAGAUGUUGAUCAAAUCAUGUGUAAAUCACUAUUUUAGUCUCAGUUUUCUUCGAAAAAAAAAACACUAAAGCAAUACGUAGACAUGUUUCUAGCUUGUCAAAAAUCCGAAGUAAAGUAAAGUUUUUUACAGUAAUUUGAAAAAUGCUGUGGAAACUGCCAAAAUUGCCGUAGGCAGCUGUUACUGCCAUUGCCGUCGAUUGAUUUCAGGGAAAUUCGAGGCCUGACCCUGAGGCACCCUACUUUAUUAUUUCACUCUGUCUAAUGCCAGACAAUUUACCUCAUCAAGGGGAGUAAUGCGAAUACACCAGACAGACUAGAGAAUUACAAGAAGGGCCAAAGCUGUAUUUGGUUCCCCCUGUGAAGGAAAUUUCUGCCAUCCAGGAGAAUCUACUUUUGAUAAUAAUAAAAUGUGCCUGGAUGUCCGAAGGGGGUAGCAGUGGCGUAGCAAACUUGAUAAUGGGGGCUUAUAUUCAUAUACACACAUAUUUCAAAGAAAAUUAAUGAUGCAGAACAUGAAAUACAUGAGGUUAGUCUCCACCAUCGAGUUUGCCAUGCCACUGGGGGGGGGGGGGAGACUAACUUCCAAUUUCUUCCUUGAGGGAUAUGUGGAUUUUUCUUCACUGACCCAUGUUGUAAAUGUUCUUCACUGGAGAUCUUUAAAUUUUGAAAACAGAAUGCCCCUAAGAUUUUAGAAAGUGUUUAUAUGGAGGCAAGCUAAUAGCCCUUAUGCAUAAUGACGUCACAAGGCUUGAGGAUUCGAUAGUGACCAUUUUGAAUUGUUUAAUUCUCCCGGACAAUGACUACUAUGACAAGCAUUCCUGGCGGGCAUCAAGCCUUGUGAUGUCAUAGACACUUAGAAAAUACAUACAUGUAAAUACAUACACGUAUCUUUUAAGAUUAUGAUACAUUCUCAUGUUUCAUAAUUACGAUAUGUACUGUAUACAUGUAAAAAGCACUAAUCAAUCACUGAAAAGCAAUGAUGUGUUUCCAAGGGAUGAACAACACAUACUUUUCAACGAUGUACCAACACAUUUAAAAUGGUUGUAAAUGUUUUUUUUAUAAAUUGAAAGCAGUUGAUAUAUAGGAUUUACUACUUUAAUAUGGCUGCUUUUCACUCAUAUGCACAUAUACACAUGGAAAAGUUGAAAUCCCUUUCAGUGAUACAUAUAACUAAGCGAAUAAAAGAACAGCAUUUAGUUUUGUGUAUCAUUUAAUGUGUAUUUCUGUUCAUGUAAUUAAUACUGUAUGAAAUUUAAAAAGAUCUAAACUAGAUACUCAAAUUUAGUCUAAGAACUUUUUUAGUGCCUGUUGCCAAAUUUGUCCUCUUAUUAGUUAUAAAUUUGAAAGACAACUUGCUUGCAUUUAAAAUUUGCCAUGAUCAAAUCAUCAAUUGGUCAUAUAUAGGUUGAAGAAGCAAAUUGUGCUGACGUUUUUGAAGAAUUUGUAGCAUCAUUUGAAGGGGCAGCAUCAAAAGGAAAGACAUUUGUACGUGGAAAUGUUGUUAAUCCUGGUCAGGCAAAAGGUAUUACAGAAAAUUUGCCUUUGUUUUAAAGAUAUUACAGAAAAUUUGGGUUUACAGAUUUACCAAAUUUGACAAUUUAUAUAGUAUAUUUAUAUAUUCAUUGGUCCACAGUGUUUGGUACCAGUUUUAAAAUGUGGGACAUCCUGUAUGUAUCAAACUAACAAUUUUUCACCCAUCAUCUCAUGCCAUAAACCCUUUACCUAUCUCACACAUGAACACAAUUGUGUACUAAUAUGGUUCCUGUAUAUGUAUGAGGACUAUGAAGGCCUUUUAAAUAAUCCCAUCACAUAUAGACUUUAACCCAUUAAUGCUCCCCAAUGCACUACAGACACUUUAUUACUAUACUCUGUCUAAUGCCAGAUGAUAUUACUCAUCAAGGUGAGAGUCUUGCACAAUGAGUUAGUUGGUCUCACAUCAAUAGGGAUUAAAAAACAGAUGUACAAUUGUACGCUGAAAAUUCUUGGCAUAUGCCAAGUAUCUAAGGAAGCGUAUGAUAACAUAGAUACACUGAUCUGUUGCUUCUUUGUGUUUACCUGAAAAUCCUUCAAGCAACAAACAUUUUGCAAAAAUGCAUGCCAGAAUUGAAAAUUUCAUGCUCAAAUUAGUCUAAUAAUUUAAUUUCACAUUCACUUGCACAGUUAUCUAGUAAUUUAAAAGGUUUUGAAUGUUUAGUUGUUUUGUAUACAAUUGACUGCAAUUUGCUAUUUGCAGUCAACUGCUUGCUUGCCUUCUCGUGCUGUGAAAACCUAAUCAAUUAACACUUGUAAAACUGUAAAUUUGUACAGUUUUACAAGUCUCUGCAAACUUUCAGUUUCAUGAAACAUUUUAACAACAAAUAUUCAUUGUUCUGUUGUGAGUUGAACCAUCUUUGCAAUAAUUAAUUAUGCGUAUGCAACUGACCAACCUAAUUCUCAAGUGACUUAUUUACACUCAAUUCUCAGAGGUGAAAAAAUGCAAUUUUGACCAAUAUUUUUCAUCCAACUCGUAUUCGCUCAUUUCUUCUCCUUAUUGUAUGAAAGGUAUGUCAAUCAACAGCUAAAAGCCUGAUCUUUCUUAAUAUAAAAAAAUAGGUACGCAGUGCGUACAUGUUGCAUGCCUUCUGAAACUUAUGAUGUGCUAUAGCGCUUAUAAGUUCAUGACCUUUGGUACAGCUGGCGUGAAACUUAAAAUAUUGAUUUAACAAGUUUAAUAUCAAUAUAUUUAUUGAAAAAUAGCUUUUAUGUUAAAAUAAGAAAACUUAAUAUUCUCACGCGAAUAGGCAAUGUUUUUUAUGAACGACCGUUCAUCGUUAGUUGCAAGCGAUGGUAAUAACCAGGUCAAGGUGUGUCAAGGUUUUAUCGAAUGCGAUUGACUGUUAAAUUUUCUUUACAAAUUUAUAACUAAAAACGUUAUUUCCUAUAGAUUUAGCUUUAUUGCGUAACUUUUUAAAGGUAUAAAAAAUCCGUGGAAACGGUGAAUUACUAUAAUAGAUUGAAAACGAUUAUUAAUUAAACUAUGAUUGAAAUUGUCGAAGUAGAAAAAGCAUAAAGGCACUAGUCAGCUAAUAUGACCUGUAUGGUCGUUUGAGUGAUUGAAACGAGUUAAUUUACACUAUAUCGAAUGUCAUGUUGAAUCUUAUGCGUACUUCACAAUGGUUGCUAUUUCGUUGUAUCAAAUUUCAAUACUAUUUAUAAUUCAAAUUUUGUUUGAUAUUUAUAUUUCAUGUUAUUUUUACAAAAUGUGCUGUAGUUUGAAGCUUUGCACAGAAUAUAAUCAGUGCGAGCACAAUGGCUCCGUUUCAGUUUGAGUAUAUAAAAAUCGAAUAUUUUGAUAGCGUGGGCUUUGAGGCUUCGAUAUAUAAAUAUAACCGCCUGAUAAUUGAUAGAUAAUCAGUGCUAGCACAACGGCUCCAAAAUCACAACAAAUAACAGAAUAUAAGGUAAGUUAAAAGCAGCAAAGCUUUACCUACCUCGCUUUAUUUUUCUAAGGCGCUCAAUUACUGUAUGUAAAUUUUUGGCAAAUAAUCAAUAUUUCUUUGCGUUUCCUCGACGCCGAAGACCCGGCAUGAAAUGCUCGUCGGAAAAACUCGGUAUUUCUCGUCUUUUACGAAUCUGCCACGUGACUGGUACGCUCACCACCGCCACGACACGAAAUUUAGAGCUAUAUGAAAGUUGCCAUGCAACAAAAAUUAACCGCGUUUACGACGUAAUUUGCGCACAAUAGCGUGCUGAAGUUGGAUUUGGUUUGUUUUUUUGAGACACGGGAGAGUUUCAGGCAACGUUUUCCUGAGCGGCAACCGCCUUUGGUCAAAUGUAAGAAAGUUUUCUCAACAUGGCACGACUUUAAAAGGGGAAUUCUGGCAGAAGGCGCACGGGGAAAUCAGAAGCGAACAUUGAGGCGGUCAGACAGCUGAUCAUCCUACAGGCACCAGCGCAAGACGGAAUGGUAUUGGCCUACCGCAUGCCACGUUCAACCGCAUAACGAGAUUAGAUCUGAACAUGCACCCUUACCGCAUGCACAUCCGACAUCAACUCCUUCCCCGAGAUUAACGUUAGGGAGUAUGAUGCUGCAGGACAAUCACCCGCAUUUAAUUUCGAUGUCAACUGUAGUGAACACAAAUUGACAGUCUGGAUCGGACUUUGUGGCAACGACCAGAUAAUCGGGCCGUUCUUCUUUGACAGAAAUGUAAAUGGAUUGAAUUAUCUGCAAAUGUUAAACAACGACGUGGUACCACAACUUCAGCAGCAUUUGCAGAUACAAAAGGGGGGAGCAUUCUGAGAUCUCUGGUGGGUUCAAGAUGGUGCUCCGGCACAUCGUUUAAUUGCAAUCCGUGAUCGUCUGAGAGAACUGUUUGGUCACCGUGUCAUUGCCUUCUACCAUGGCGUGGAAUGGCCACCGCGAUCCCCUAACCCUUGUGACUUCUUUCUUUGGGGAUACCUGAAGAACAAGGUAUACACAGGGUCGCCGCUUGAUCUCAACGAUUUGCAGAACCGCAUUCGUGACGAAGUUCAUGCUUUGCAAAAUAAUCCAACGAUAAUCAGAAGAGCAGUCCAAGCAAUGUUACGGCGAUGUCAACUGUGCAUGGAGAGAGACGGUGAUCACGUCGAAGGCAUCGGAGCAUAAUCUUCGUUCUUAUGUUUUAAAUGUAAACAAUUAUCAACAAAUGCAGUUUUGACACAUUCGUGAUUAAUUGCUGCUUCUUUUGUUUCGCAAUGCAUUAUUCAGGCGCAGAUGUUAAAAAAUGCAAUUUUGACCAAGAUUUUUCAUCGUAUUCGCUCAUUUCUUCUCCACAUUGCAUGAAAAGUGUGUCAUUCAACAGCUAAAAGCCUGAUCUAUCUUAAUAUCAAACAAUUAACCGCGUUUACGACGUAAUUUACUCACAAUAGCGUGCUGAAGUUUGAUUAGGUUUUUUUGAGGCACCCUGUAUUUCUAAUCUUCUACAGGGUGAGUAAAAAAAACUGAUACCUUCGCGGAUAAUUUGAAUAACAAAGGUGUCAGUUGUUUUUUACUCACCCUGUAUACUGCACAGGAAAGAAAUACAACAGAGAAAAUGGGUCAUUGGGUGUAAGUAUAGUUUAGAAAAUUGUAUGUCAUCGUCACUGAAACAUAUGCCAACUUAGCUGUAGAGCAUACAACAUUUUUGUAACCUCUGAUCAACAAUACAUUUUGUAUAAAGUGAACCACAAUACAAUAAUUACACAUACACAAGCCACUCUAAAGAUGUCAUUUUUAAAUGGCACUGAUUGAAAGCAGUGCAAUUAUGUUUUGUACAUUUUAUAUUUUAUAUUUUACAGAAGCAGCAUCGGAGAAAGCUGGUCAACUUUACACUUUGAAAGCUUCUAUUCAACAAGCAACCUCAACAAAACCAGCCCUACCUGGAAAACAAAAGGUAGUAUGCAACAAAUUUUAAGCUCUUUGAGUUCCAUUGUGCCCUAAUGUGCCUUAGUUAGUUUAUUCUAAUACUAUCUGCCCAUGUGUCUAGUUAACUCUGGCCAUUAAGUUGCAUUGUACCCUAAUGCGUCCUACCUUAUUAUUUUACUCUAACGCCAGAUGAUUUUACUUGUCAAGGGGAGGGUACUGGGCCACUACUGGCACUCAGCGGGUUAAGGUUGCCAUACAGUAUACUGUAUUUUCAUUUAAGUGCAACCAAGAGUAUUAGGGCUGUACUAUACAUUUUACCAGAGUACUAUAAUUGAAAUGCUUGACAUGUUUGAUUUUAUGCAAUGCCUUCCUUUCCCAUGUUAAACUCUGUUUUCAUAUACUCUAGGAGUCACUGAAGAAACGAAAGGAAAAAGAAAAGAAGAAAAGCAACCUUGAGCUCUUUAAAGAAGAAUUAAAAAAGUAAAAUAUAAUGUCGAUACAACAUUGUAAUGAUAAAAAUAACUUUUCUCAUUGUAGAAAUACUUUGUAUGUUCAUUACGUCGGAGGGCCUGGGACAAAAUUCUAUCUGUGGCCCUGGCACUAUGAUGUCAUGUUUUUUCAAACAGUGAAACUGUAUUGAAUUUUUGGUGCUCUCUCAACUUGAUCCCCCUAGUUAUCGCAGCCCUAGGAUUUAGUCUAGUUCUGCCUGUUAUUUAAUUUAGACAACAAGAGGAGAGAGAGAUUCGUCAUAAAUUGAAGACAGGAGAACUCGAUGAUAUUCCCAGAGAUGUUUUGGAUUCUUUCCCAACGCUGCUAUCAGCUCCAGCAAAAGGUAUAUGUACACCUCAACUAUUAAGUGUUUCGAAUUUCGUAAAAAUACGAAACAAACUAUAAAGUCAAUAUAAUUGUGUCAUUUUCAAUCCUUUCCAAUUUUAGAGGAACCGUACAGUUAUGGUUCUUAUGACACAGGUGAUCCCAAUACAACAAAUCUUUACAUUGGAAACAUAAGUCCCGAGGUGUGUACGUUUAAUACAGUGUUGCAUUGGUAUAUAAUAUACCGAUGAUAGUUGCGUAAAUUGGCUGUUGGAAAACCCACUAGCCAUGAAUACACUCGUAUUUGUGAUGUGGAAAAUGUUUGCUGUUUCAUUACCUCCACAAGAGGGAAGACCCUGGAAACGAGAUUGACUCCAUAUGCUCAUGAAAUACAUAGCAUGUACUGUAGGUUAGAAUGGCCAAAACGUGUAAGGUAUGUUAGUACGGUACACAAUUUAUAUUUCCCCUUGAAUAUUUGAUUAUUAAAGGCAUUUAGUGAUUUACGGUGGAACACGCAUUCGCUAAAUAAGUGUGACGGUAUGUCAGUAUGCCAUACUUUUUCCAAAUAUCGAUACCGGUACUGAAACCCAAGUUGGUGUGUUGCAGUUAUAGAAGCAAACAGAUUAAACUAUAUCUGUCAAUUCUAUUUAUUUGUCAUCGAUGCAGGACCACUACAUAAGAUUAACUACUUACGAUUGUUUUCUAAUUCUGAGAAAUGCCGGUUAACCACCACGCUGCACAAUAGUUAGAAAAGUUUAAUGUUUAAUAUGUAGAUGAAUGAAGAGCAAUUGAUGAAAUUAUUUGGUCAGUAUGGACCGCUGGCCAGUGUGAAGAUCAUGUGGCCAAGAACUGAAGAAGAGAAAUCUCGAAACAGAAAUUGUGGUUUUGUUGCUUUUAUGAAAAGAAAAGAUGGAGAUAAAGCACUCAUUGCCUUGAAAGGUUUGUUUGAAUCAACACUUAAAUGGUACGGUGGCCUGUCCGGGCCAGGCUUUGUCCCUGCAGACACGAUGAAACUCCGUGCAAAGGUGGAAUAUUCACUUUGUUUUGUCACGGACCAUCUCUUUCUUCGUUCAAGUAUUCAGAUUUUCCGGGAAAAGACAUAGCUUCGACGUUUUCUGUAUAAAUUGGCUGUCAUGCAACACAUCUUAUGUAAAUGAGUUCGCCGACUAUUAUAUAAGCCAAUACAAAAAAUAUAAACAAUAUAAAAGCGUCCUUUACCCCAGACCCUUGACCCCCACGUGACGUCAUAUGAAACCCGAGAAUUUCAAGCAAUAUCUAAACCUAGAAUCCGAUGUGUUCUUCUAGGCAAGGAAAUCCAGGGAUAUGAGAUGAAACUUGGGUGGGGUAAAGCUGUACCCAUCCCUCCACAUCCCAUCUAUAUCCCUCCAGAAAUGCAGGAAGCCAAUAAACCACCCCCACCCUCAGGCUUGCCAUUCAAUGCCCAACCUGGGAAAGUGAAAGACAUUCACAAUGACGAUGCACCUGAAAUAAUUGAUAUGAAUGGCAUCAGUAGUAAGGUUAGUUAUUACGACAUACUAUGUUUAACUUACUGUAGCGUAUAUUUAGUAUAUUCAGUGAUAAGGUCGGGUUAUAUUUAGUAAAAUCAAUUUGGUGUGCGAAAGGAGUCUAGAACCACUAUGGAGAUACCAGCAGCAUUGUAGCUGCAUGAAUGACUUCUUCACUCAUUCAUUUCAUCAAUGUUUUGUAACACGGUGUAUAACGUUACAUGAUUUCAACAUUAAUUUCACAAUUAUACUACAAGAAAAAGACCGCCCUUAAGUAUUAGGGAAUCUCCUGUAUCGUUUUUGAGACAGUUUCGUUAACACAGUAACAACUAUCUUGGCUUGACAACUGAUAGAAAGUGAAAUAAUUGAAUGUUCAAGGGCUUUUUUGUGCAUUCUAGCGUAUUAUAAUAUGCACCAACUGUAUUGGGAAUUUUUGUUCAAGCAGUGUAGGAAUUGUUGUAAAUUACUGUGAAAAUGUGGUUUUAUAUUGUAAUGUGUUGUAUGCUCAAGUAUUAUACACUGCGUAUUGUAAUACUUUGAUAGCUGUGGUGCAAUUUAGAGAUUGAUUUAACUAUUAACUAUAUAUCAUUCUCUAAAUUGAAAAGUAGCUUCGCUUUUUCAUACUGUAUCUGAGCAGUGAAUUUUAUUACCGUUAAAGUAAUUCACUCUAAAAACAGCAUUCACUACAUGACUAAGUAGCAGCAUUAAUCAGUAAGGACUGAAAUUGCUAAUGUUGGAUUGUGUUACUCACGAAAUGUUCUGUGGUACAAUUGUAGACUCUAGCCAACGCGGUUGUCAAAGUUGUUAUCCCGACAGAAAGGUAUUUUACAGUAUAUGUAACCAUAGAUCAUCUUGACAACAGGUGAUCGCGCUUUUCUAUAUGCUGGUGUUGUUCUGGUCAAGUAUUUUUCACAGUUCUUUUUAUAUUGUUUUAUUUUCCCAUUUUUCAUUACCAUUCGCAUGGAACAAGAGUUAAACGCGUCAAAAAUAGAUUAUGCUGCAUGUAGUUGUUUCUUUACUUCAGAGGAAAUGUUGUUAGUCAACUACAUUCACUAUUUAACAAAUUUCGUGUUACGUAAUAGUUACUGUGUAUGUCUCCUGAUUGGCUAAUAGCUUAUACAGUUAAUUAAGGCGAUCACCUACGGUAACGGAAUUACCAUAACUAAAAAACUAAACUUUUUUAUCACCAAAAAUCUAUAAGAGUCUCCCUUUAUUGGUUCAUUACUAAAUAAAAUAAAUGGAGUAUUGGGAAACUUGCGGUACAUUGGAAUCUAAGACAUAAAAAAUCAUAUAUGUUGUAGAAAUCAAACCAGGUUAUCGAAAACACCUGCACCACAGUGGAAGCAAUCAUGGCAACCGAUAUAACUAAUUUUUGUCAAUAUGUUUUGCCGUUAUUCAGUUUUUUUGAGUUUUCCCUAUACGAAUUAAUGUAAAUCAAAACCCGUUUAAAACAUUCGUUCACCAUCAGUAUAUAUUUGUGAUAAUAACAUUACGACUCGCUGUUAUCGAAAGUGGCCUGGGAACUAGCUGUGGUAGUUGUUGAAUGGCAACAUUUGUUUUAAAGCCCGUUCACGCGCGUUUAACACUUGAACUGAUGCCAAUGGUAUAAUGAGUGAUUAUUUUAUGUUCCUAACAAAUCCUAAGCGUUAAAUCUGUUGUACAUAAUAUAACUAACAAACAGUCAGUCAAAAAAAUAUGUUUUUUGAUCAAAUUUCAUUUUCUGAAAACCUCUGCAAAUCAGAAAACUGCUAUUCUCAUAUACUUUUCAUUUCAUUGCACACUUGCCAAUAAUAAUUUUUAAGUAAUCUUAGUAAAAUCUUUAUUGAAAAUUAUUUCUUAUUACGGAUCUCACCGAACUAUGGAAUCGCAUCAAAAUUUCAUAUCGCCGCCACUCCCACAAACGUCAAUGACCACAUCUACGCAUUUUUGCAUGUUUACAAUUCUAAUUUUAAACAGCCAAUCGACGUGUAAUUGUAGUUGUUACCAAGAACCGGAUUGGCUGUUUAAAAUUUGAAUUGUAAACAUGCAAAAAUAUGUAAGUGCGGUCGUAGACGUUUGUGGGAGUGACGGUGAUACGAUUGUUUUAUGCGAUGCCACAGUUGGGUGAGAUCCGUAAUGUAUAUACACCAUGUCAAAGUACAAAUUUACCCAGUACAAAUUGAGCAGAUUGAACAGAUUUAGCGCAGCGUUGCAUAAUUUAGGAAAUACAUCAUUCAAGUUUCGCUAGCCCGUCACGCAAUACAGGGUGUAUAAAAAAGUGCGUGCACAGUUCUAAAAUGUCCAUGCACUAAACUGAAAGUUCCGCAAAAUUUGUGACAAUUUUAUGUUAGUAUGGGUAGUUUGGAGUCUUCUGGUAUCGCAAUUUGAAUUCAUAAGGUGCAAAUUUGGAAGGUGUUUUAUGAACUAUCAAAGUACCAGACAAUUUGAUACACAUUAAGUAAAACGCGCAACCAUGCAUCAGUCAUGCUAUGGAAAAAGUCCAAAUUUUAGAGGUGUCGCGUUGGACGUAAUUUACAUCAAAUUGCCUGGUACUUUGAUUGUUCAUGAACUAGCUACCUUCCACAAUUGCACCCCGUGAAUUCAAAUUGCGUUUUGGACGUUCCAUUUUUGUGCGCAAACCAUUUUAAAGUUGUUUUGAAAAACAGCCCUCUGCACUCGAAAAAUUACUUUUAAAGUGCCUAUAUCAUGGUUUUGGAGUUUGCAUAUCUCGAAAGUUUAGGGUAUUUUAAGACACUUUGCAAUAUAUUUUGUUAUUGAAAAAUUUCAUCUUGAUGUAUUUAUUAUUAUUAGCUCUUAAAGUUACCGGACAUGACGUCAAAAGGAGAAUUGCAAAUCAGUUUUCCUUUGUAUCAUAUUGCAACAAAAUUCUCCUUUUGACGUCAUGUCCGGUAACUUUAAGAGCUAAUAAAUCCAUCAAGAUGAAAUUUUUCAAUAACAAAAUAUAUUGCAAAGUGUCUUAAAAUACCCUAACCUUUCGAGAUAUGCAAACUCCAAAACCAUGAUAUAGGCACUUUAAGUGAUAGACCAUGCUAACAUAAAGUUGUCCCAAAUUUUGCGGAAUUUUCAGUUUAGUGGACAUUUUAUAACUGUACACUUUUUUUACACAUCCUGUAUAAUUGUUUUGUAGAUCACUUGAUCCGCAAACCCAUAUCUUCAUUAGUGCAAAUAAUAGAAUUAAAUAAUCUUAUCAACAGUGAUUAAGAUCUGGACGUAGGGAUCGAAUGCUUUGCUAAACAAAUAAAUGUGGUGUUUUACGACAAAGCGAACCAAUUUAUUUCGCCAUGCGUGCAAACCUACAAGGAACACGUUCUCGCAAUACUUUAAAUAACUAUAUGUUAGUUUUCCAUGUUUUGUCUUCACACUUCACAUGUCCUAAACAUAUUUAGUCUCCAACUUUGUAUUAUCAUCAAAUCGGGCGUGGCAAAUAUUAUACUUCCAUAUUCACACAUGGAGGAUGUGCAUAUGAAUUGGUUUCAUGUUCUACUUAAAGAGUAAAGAUUUUUAUAGUUGCGAAGACAAAGACUUUAGUGAAUUAGACACUUAUUAGACGUAUAACACACCAAUUGGACAUUUUUAAAGAAUGAUUAAAUGAUUUUGAAGUAGGGUAUAUGUGGCAGAGGAAAGUGGGGAGGGGAUUGUGGUGGAAAUAAUGCGAGAUUUCUAGGAACUUUGCAAAGAAUGUUGAUGAAUUAACUCUGAAGUUUAAUGUUACAGGCCAAUCGUUCAUUUGAUCCAUCGAACUAUCGAAUUCGUGAUAAUGGAAGGACCUAUCUUUGAAGCAAUGAUUAUGAACAGAGAAAUAAACAACCAUCAAUUCAGGUCAGCUUUAUUACAGUAAAUAGCCACAAAUAGGGUAAAGUUUAGGGGAAAUAAAUAAAAAGGGAAAUUCGCAUUGUGAAUGAUGGUACACGAAAUUUGAUUGGCGCGGGAACGACUUACCUCGCGAAUUGUCACUAAAAAUUGUCCAAUGGGACAUCGCAUUAAUAUAUUGCUUUUUGCCGCGUUUGACGUCAUUAUGAAAAAGGUCUAUUUAUAGAAAUAAAGUUUAUAAAGUUUAUAAGUCUAUAAUCAUUUUUGUGUUCCAUAGACACACACCGCAUGUAUUGUAGAAAAUGUGAAUGAAACGAUCAUAAAAUAAUGAAGUAAAGUUAAAUCUUUCUGUAAAAUACAACGCUAAGAGUUCGUAAUUCUAGAUCUGAUUAUAGUGAUUCUCAUGCUAAUUACAGACAUUUGUUAAUGAUUUUGGUUUAGGUUUAUGUUUGACAACCAAAGUCCAGAACAUAUUUACUACAGAUGGAAAUUAUUCUCAAUACUUCAGGUAAAAUAUUGUGUCCAAAGGUUGGCGUUGGCUGUGUUUGUUAUCCAAUCGUUUCUUCUUUCCCUUUAUUUAGGGAUCGAGCCAUCUUGUGUAUCCUCUCUAUGUACGUCUUUCACUUUCUUCCGUUGGUCCAAUGUCUUUCAUCUCUUUCUUCUUAUUCUUUAUUUGCCUUCCUCCUUUUCAAUUACACGUUCUUCCAUGCUCACAUCGCAUAUUUUCUAACAUCCAUUCAAACUCUUCUUUUUAUUCAUUCUCAACAUUUGUUUACAAAUAACUGCUGUCUGUCUGUGCAUCUCUGUGUAGGGUGACAGUCAAACAAAAUGGAAGACAAAAGCAUUUCGAAUGUUUGAAAAUAGUUCAGUAUGGAGACCACCCAACUGUACGUCGUAUUUAGAAGAGAAUAACAAAGAGAAAGAAGAUGUGAUCGAAGAAGUUAAAGAAGAGAAGAAACCAAAAUCUGAAACAAAACCUUCUUCAAAAUCAUCAAGAAAAGGACUGCUCGGUGACAGGUUUGUGAUGUCUUUUGUUAGGGAGGAGCUUGAGGCUGGUGUCACUUCUGAGUUAGUUGAGCUAAUCAACUAUUUAACUGUGUAUUUACUUACAUAUUUAAUUUGAGUGCUUGCAUGGUUAUUCCAUCCCAUUCUAUGCUUACAUUAUCAACUAAUCCUUCCCACUCUAAGUCUCUAUGCUUACAUUAGAAACUAAUUAGUUGUAGGUUAAUGAAACAGGCGUAAACAUGUGUCGGCUGAGUACUAUUUUGCUUACAUUCAAUUUGCUCAUCUCAUUUGAAAUGCAGAACUCACUUUGUUGUCGUUCAUAUGUUGUAAUACGUAGUCAUUUGCUGAAUAUACUGUACACACGUUUCAAGUAACUGCCAGAAGUGUUUGUUGUUACUUCGAUACAAAGUUCUUCAUGAAGUACUUGGAAUUUUUAAACUGAAGCAGAAAGUGAAAAUUGAUAUAACUUAGAGCCGAGUUUUACCGUAUACAUUCAUGCAAAACUCAAGCAUGCACAUACACCAUUAUCUUAAUUAUUCUAAAUUGUAUAAAUUGUUCUUGGUUUGUAGACAAAGAGACAAACUGGAGAACAUGUUACGAGAAUUGAUAUCAGAAAGAAGCAAGAUUGCAGAAUGUAUGACAUGGUGUAUUGAUCAUGCUGAAGCCGCUGAUGAGGUAUUAAUAGGACUUAUAUGAACUAUGACGUGGCCAUAUAGAUAAUAAGUGGCACUGAACUAAACUAGAAGUAAAUGAGAUAUAUAGUGAUCAUACUUGGUCAUAUUGCGAAUUAGAACACGUCAUUACAGUCUCCUGAUAUUUAAGAAAAACUUCUUAUUUAUUAAUGUUGUAAAAAAGCAUUCCAUGCAUGGUAUGUACAGUAUAUUAAUUAUUUGUGUGAAUAUGAAUUUGUGGUCGAGUAUUUAUUUGUACGAGUUAAAUGUUUAAAUAGUUAACUACUCAGAAAACACGUCAAAGGUAAUUAAUUUUUUUUAGAUUUCGGACUGUAUGUCUGAGUCAUUAUCUAUUCUCGAGACCCCGCUCACUGUGAAAGUAAGUAAUAAAUUUUCACUUUUGGCGUAAAUUUAUGCAACAUAUCACGUCUUCAUAUUAUGGGUGCUUUGAUACGUUGAAAUAUGCAUGAAUCAUUUAUGUGUUUUUAAAUGGCAUUAAUGUUACCGUUACAAAUAUAUAUAUGAAUAACAUAGCUAGACACCAUUCAUUUUCCUGUGUUUUUCUUAGAUUGCCCGACUAUAUGCGGUAUCUGAUGUUCUUUAUAACUGUACUGCCAAAGUUCGCAAUGCAUCGUUUUAUCGUAAGAGGUGUGUAUUUAACUCGAAUAGAAAGAUAACAUUCAGAAAGAAUUUUUAAGGAAUAUCUGUUUUAACUUGUAGUUUUGAAACGAAGUUACCAGAAAUAUUUCAAAAUCUAAAUGCAACAUUUCAAGCGGUCAAGACAAGAAUGAAGGCAGAACAGUUUCGGGUAAUUAAUCUUUUGGUCAUUUUUCACUUAUACCAAUUUGUGGGUUUCAUACAAGCGUUACAUGGCAGCAUGUAACUGGCGGGAAAUAAGGUGGG